UCAUCCAACUCCUCCGGAGCACUUCGGGGAGCGGAGGGCGAAGCGCAACGGGAUGAAAAGAAAAACCGAGGAGGCUACAUCAAGAAGCCGCUCAACGCCUUCAUGCUGUUCCGGCAGGAGCAGAGGCCAAAGGUCGUCGCUCUGCUCAACAUUCGAAACAGCGCCGAUGUCAACAAAGUGGUCGGACAGAUGUGGAAGUCGCUGAGCAAAAAGCAGCAGAGGAAAUACUACGAGCUCGCCGACGCUGCCAAACUCCUCCACAGCCAACAGCAUCCCGAUUGGUCCUGCACUGAAAACUACGGGAAGAAGCGGAAGAGGCAAAGGGUCAAAGUUCAUGGCAAAGGUCAAGAGGACACUUGGCAGGCCUCAAACCCGGACGUGACAAGCGAUGUGACACACGCAAUCAAGCAGGAGAGUCAUCACAGGGGGACCAAACACCAAAAGCAGCUUCGAGUGAUGCUGGAGUUGAUGCUUUAAGCGGACAUCUUCUGGGGUCCUUUAUUCCGUUUCUUCAAGAUUCAAUAAAAUUU